CCAUCCACCUAAAACCAGAAAUCUGAAAACGUAGCCUUUAAGUGAGAGGCAAAACAAUGAGAGCUCUCUAGUUUUCAGCUGUCUCGUGAUUCAACAAUUUCCCUUUUUCUUCCCAUUUCACCCUUUUCUCUUUCUCCUUAUUUACACUUCUUUGCCACUUUCCGCCAUUGUCGAUUUCCUCUUCUCUCCCAUGUCGCUUCACUUUUUCAGCUGCGAAGCUCAUUCUAGCUCUUUCUAACGCUGCGUUUAAGUCUCCCUUUCGAUCCGUGAGAGUAAAAUUUCUGAACAAGAAAGAUGAAUCGGAGCUUUAGGGCUCAACAAGAAACGGCAAUGCAAACGGCGGCGUUGAAACAACGGCAACAGUUACGAGCUUCGAUGAUGAAAGAUAAAGAGGAAGAGCUCGCAUUGUUUCUCGAGAUGCGGAAACGUGAGAAGGAACAAAGUAGUUUUCUUAAUCACUGCUCAGAAGACUUCGAUGCUCCUUUAGGAUCUAAACCUGGAACUUCUCCGAUAUUUAAUCUCUCGGCAUCGGCAACUGCUCCGGCGAGAAAGAUGGGAGGUGCUGCUGACGAUUUUCUUAAUUCUGAAUGUGAUAAAAAUGAUUAUGAAUGGCUUUUAACACCUCCUGGUACUCCACUUUUUCCUUCCUUGGAAUCACAAAAGACUGUAAUGAGUCAGAUUGGCGCUCCUAAGGCUAGCCCGACUGUGCUGAAAUCCAAGCUAGCAAAUCCCCAGGCUGAGUCUGCUGCCAGGAGCAACUUAUCACCAAAGCAACCUGCUUUGUCCCCUGGGUUGAAUUCUACAGGGAUUCGCAGGCCUUCAUCAUCAGGGGGUCCAGGUUCAAGACCUGCAACACCCACUGGGCGCCCUACAUUGACUGGAGCUUCUAAACCUACAAGAUCAUCAACGCCUACAUCUCGGGCCACAUUGACCUCAACAAGAUCCUCCAGUUCUGCAGCUAAGCCUGUAACAUCUACAGCAAAGCCUGCAAUAUCGGCAACUAAGUCUGCAACAAAACCUGUAGUGCACACAACUAAGCCCACAGUUUCUGCCGCCAAGAGUGCAUCUUCUGCUACUAAACCCACAGUUUCUGCAAGAUCUGCCACACCGACAAGGUCCACAGCAAGGUCUUCAACACCACCUGCAAGACCUUCUAUACCUUCAUCCAAACCUGUAUCAAGAGUAGCCACGCCAACUCGUCGUCCAUCAAGUGCUGCUAAUGUAUCUGCUCCUCCAAUCAAAUCAUCUCCGUCGGUUACAAAGCCAACUCCUUCAGUGUCCAGAAAUUCUGUACCAUCACGUGGUGGUGCCUCUCCGGUGGUAAAGUCUAGGCCAUGGAAGCCUUCUGAGAUGCCUGGUUUCUCACAUGACGCUCCACCAAAUUUAAGAACAACACUACCUGAUAGACCACUUUCAGCGACAAGAGGCAGGCCUGGAGCACCAAGUUCUCGAUCUUCUUCUGUUGAACCAGCUCCUGCUGGUAGACCAAGGCGACAAUCAUGCUCUCCUUCAAGAGGACGUCUCCCUAAUGGUUCUAUGCUGCAUGUUAGUGGGAGCUCCGUUCCUGCAAUAAGUCGUGGAUAUUCGAAAGUCAGUGACAACGUGAGCCCUGUUGUAAUUGGAAAUAAAAUGGUUGAGAGGGUAAUAAACAUGCGGAAACUGGUACCUCCCAAGCAAGAUGAUAAACAUUCUCCUCACGGUAACUUGUCUGUGAAGUCUUCAUCACCAGACAGUUCAGGCUUUGGAAGAACACUUUCAAAGAAGUCACUCGAUAUGGCUAUAAGGCAUAUGGAUAUAAGGCGACGCAUUCCUGGUAAUUUACGGCCAUUAAUGACAAAUAUUCCAGCAUCAUCUAUGUACAGUGUGAGAUCGGGUCCCACACGAAGCAGAAAUAUUAGUGUCUCCGAUUCCCCUCUUGCUACAAGCAGUAACGCUAGUUCUGAGCUUAGUGUCAACAACAAUGGCAUUUGUUUAGAUGGUAGUGAAAUAGAAGAUGAUAUUGGCAGCGAGAUAGGUGGUCGAUCCCCUGCCAGCAUGCAUGCCCGAUGAUGGUCAGGGUGUAAAGACCAUGAGGUAUGGCAAUACAUUAAUUGUUUUUAAUUCUACGAUAUUUGACAUUUGGCAGAGAACCAAUUCCCAGGAAGAACCACGAAUCGAAUCAUUAUUCUAAUAUCAAUGUAAAGCUAGUUAGAUUUGCUUACUGUUUUGUAAUUUGCAAUCAUUGUAUUAUUAGGGAAACCAAGGUAGAUGCUAGACAUCUUUCUUCUCCUAUUCCGAUUUCUAACACGGUGAGUUGUUAUGAAA